GCUGCGAGUUGUUGAUAGACCGAGGAAGGCCCGCUCGCAUAGUACGACCUUUCUUGCGUUGAUAAUAGAGUUCCUGUUCCACCACCACCUGUUAUGCCUUGAAUUCCGCUUCCAGAACCGCCUAUGAUUGGUGGUUUUAUUUCAAGAACAGGAAACUAGAAUUCUAUUUUUACCUUCAUUUAGAAGCCGCGCUUUUUAUUUGCAACAUCACUGCACAUCAUCCGCUACACGUACACCCAAAAGUGUAGAAAUCAUGUCCAUCAAAAAGCGGCUAGUUGUGGCGGUUGACCUGGAUGAAGUUCUGGGUCAGUUUCUGAUAUCCCACGAAAAAAGUGUUACAGUUACACAUUUGUAGUCAAUUCAGCAACACAAAUUUCUCUGCAUGAGAGAAAGCUCGUAAUGCAGAAAUCCUACGGGGAAACAACUAUGAAACGAGGCUCCUAUCCAUAUCCGGCAUGACAGAGCUUGUCUGUCUUGCUUGGCAUGCAACACAAUGUGUAACUGUAACACUGAUUUCUUGCGAUAUCUGAACGCCUUAGUCCAGUACUACAACCAGGAAAAACAGAAAACCUUCGCCGUUUCCGACUUUUUCAGUUACCGGUUCUGCGACGUGUGGGGCGGCACCAACGAGGAAGCGACCGAAGUCGUGCACGCGUUUUUCGAGACGGAGUUUUUUAAGCAGAGAAUCCUGCCGAUUGACGACGCAAAGCAGGUUUUGGAGAAGUGGAAGGGGAAGGAUAUUAUCGAUUUCUACGUGGUCACCUCAAGGCAAACCGUGAUUUUAGAAGAAACGAAAGCGUGGCUCGAGCAGCACUACAGCGGGAUUUUCAAGGGAAUUCUGUCCGGGAACCACUGGGCCAGGGAAAACGCGCAUCUGGGCAUGGUGACCAGCGAAAAUGGUGGUGGGAAGGAUUCAAAUCAGCCAGAGCUGGUGCCGUCAUCUGCGCCUGUCGCAACACCUUCAAAUAAUAAAUCCUCAUCUCGUUCCAAAGCGGAGAUGUGUAGGGAGAUCGAAGCCAACCUCUUGAUCGACGACGCGCCGGCCUAUGCGAAGGAUUGCCUGGAGAAUGUGAGCAGCAUGCGGAAAGUAGUGUUAUUCGGAGAUUACGGGUGGAACCAGAAAGUGCCAGAAGAAAUUGCGAGCAUGCUGGAAAAUGUAGACGACGAGCAAAAAAGGGUGGUGCGGUGUGCUGACUGGCUGCAAGUGGAUAAGGAAUUGGAGAAAUUGGUGGCGGAGUUCGUUGUUGAAUGAUUCGACGGCAACAUGAUGAUAAAUUAUCCCUGCCGAUGAACAAAAAGAAAAUCAAAAUGCUGCUGCAUGCAAUAUGCACGCAAGCGCUACUAUAUUGAGUUCUUACUUACCAGGAAAGCAUAGCACGCGAUCCGACGGCAACAUAUUGCUCACUCUCAAUUGAAGAUUUUUCCACCCACGCCAGCGGCGCUGUGGUCAUGGCCCCCGCAAUUUCAUCUCGCACCCGCAUCUAGUCAUUGAUUGUCAGCGUUGAU